AUGGUCAACUUCAUGGGAACCACCAUCGCCCUCCAGGUGCUUCUCGCACCACACCAAACCGUCCCAUUUACUUCUCUCCUCCCCAUUGAAGUCUCCAUCCACAACGCCGCGAGCACCCCCGUGACAAUUCUCGACCGGAACACCCCCCUCGAACCCGGCGCCGGCCACCUGGGCGUCCUCAAACUCCGCGACGCACAAACAUACGAAGAAGUGCCAAUCGCCACGAUCUCCGCCAGUCGCAUAGAGCCCCCUCUUCCAAAUGAGUAUAUCGAAAUUCCUCCCGACACAACAGUGAAAAGGACUCUUGAGUUGCGGGUGGAUGAGAAGGAUAUACAGGUGGGACGGGAGUAUACGGUGCGCGCGGAGGGGCUUUGGUCUGCUGUGUGGUACAGGGCCUUGAGUGAGAUUAUGGAGGAACAGAGGGAUCAUUCGUUGAAUGCGACGACGGGGGAGUUUUUGUCGAAUGUUGGACGCGUCAAGGUGGAGUAA